CUGUCUGACCUUAUAAACGUAACUAAUAUUAAUGUAAUAAAAACUCAAAUGCUUAUAUUUAGUUUUUUUUGUUAGAGUGUCUUUAAUAAUUGAUCUCAUUGAUACUCAGCUACGGCUGCUUUUCACUUCAGCGUGCGACUUUAAAAAUGGAGGCCAAAGCGAUGUCGACGGCCUCGACGACGGCUAGUUCUCCGCUCAGCGACGAAGGGAAGGAAAGAGGUUCGCGCAAGUUUAAGGACGAAGAUCUCGAGUACGACAUAACUUUCCCAUCCGCUGACAAGCAGCUCAAUCUGCCGACAGCCAAGGAGCCCGUCGUCUACUUAUUAGGUUGGGCUGGAUGCAAGGACAAGCACUUGUCCAAGUACGGUGCCAUCUACGAAGAUCAAGGGUGCAUUACAAUUCGUUACAUCGCCCCCGUCGAAGAGCUCUUCAAGCGGAGCUACGGCGGCGCACUGGAGGAGCAAGCCUACUCGCUUCUUGGCUUACUGGAGGACUUCAAACUUGAAGAGCACCCGCUGUUCUUUCACGCGUUCAGCAAUGGUGGCGCCUUCGUCUACUCGCUGAUGAAUCGACACUUUAGGGACGAUGUCCAGGUCAUGUCAAAGAUUCGAGGUGUGAUCUUCGACAGUGGCCCCGCUCGCGUUGGCUUCUGGCAGUGCGUCAGCGUCAUGGCAACCUUCGUCAGAGGCCGCUCGGUGUUCCGCUACACCGUGGCAUUCUUCUGGGCAUUGGCCAUGUGGUUUUACUCGGCGCUGACGUCACUGGGCAGCCUAGUUCUCUCCACCAGGUUCCAGCGGUGCGAGUCUGCUUACGACGCCCUGCUCGCCGAGAGCCCACUCUGUCCGCAGCUGUUUCUCUACUCGGAGAAGGAUGCCGUCUGCAGCCACCAGAGCAUCCGCGCAUUUGCAGAUGCACGCCGCACUAAAGGCGUGCCAGUGGAAGAAGUGUUCUGGCAGGACUCUCCACAUGUGCAGCACUUUGUUCUCCACCGAAAUCAGUACGUCACAAGUGUCACGGACUUUAUGCGUCGUUGUCUCGAAGGCACAAUUCAGGUGUCUUCGCCCAUCGGCAAGAAGAACCGCUGAUGGGUAUGUGUUCACUCGUGGAGUUGCUGAUGCCGGGGCCAUGUUCUGGGACACAUGGUUGCAAUGAUGCUUUCAAUUUCACACGACACCGCAUCUGAAGGCAUUCAUCUUGUCCGACACCCCCUCCUCAAUUUUUUCUGUCAUGUUCUGCAGCAUCCUACAUGCCUUUUUCAUUUGAGCACAACGAAACUUUUGGCCGUGAAAUACGCGUCAAGUUGGAAUGCUAUUGGGGACGUCGGGUGGCCUACACUCAAGGCUAGAGCGUUGUUGUCAUUGGCUGAUGUGGCAGUAUAUUGUUCACACAGAGGUGGCCAUCAAAGAUAAGAACUUUGAACAGUUUCAUUUUCCAGAUCUUGUAACAGUGCAUGCUGGAACUAUUUGCAGCACUCACAGGAAAUGCUCCCACCCCCGUAUAUUAUUAUAUGCAUCUGCUUUAGCCGAUAGGCAUGUGCCGAAAGCAACAUGCUUGCAAAGGUGUCAUUCCAGAAUAUGGCCUCUAUGUCGCAGAAGCGGUAUGGUAGAGCAAGGUUCAUAGGCAUGUUACAUGUUUGCUGGUGAGGGUGAUGGACAGGCUGAAUGCACCUAGAUGUGUUGGAACCAUCUUGCUGAUAGCUCACAUGUUGACUACACCUCCAGAGCAAGUGUGCUUACAUGUAGAGUUGCACCAGAGUAUCAGUCCUUUUCUUAAACGGGCCCUGAACCAUGCCUCGGGCUUGGUGAAAAAAUACAUUCUAUGGGUAGCAUACGCUGCUGUGAGUAUUUCAGCCAAAUUUUGCACUCAUGCGCUGUGCGGGAGGCUCACAAGCAGAGCGCAAGGUCACCUUUUUCUCAAACACUGUCUUUUCAACAGAGGCCUUCUCACCCAUUUCGGGGCAGUCAGCAGCUGCCCCUUGUCGUCAGUGGGCAGAUUAUUGUGGAGUGCUGCCAUUGGCCAAUAGCUGACAUCAGUCAAGGAGGGUGUUUGAAUCGCUGCGCUUCUUCAUACUGUUACUGUGUAUGUUUAUUAGCGCAGUUUACUAAACGGGUUGAAGUAAGCAAAAAUCUUCGUUUCAAAUUUUGAUAAGAGUUGCGUACUUCCGAUUGAAGCCAACUAUCGUCUGCUCACGCUCGGCCACGGCCGCCCGCGUAUGAAUUGUACUUUGGCCAACUGGCCUAUUGUUGCCGUCGGGUCUCGCUAAUUUAGAUUAGUUUUGAAUGCUCAACUACCCUCAAACCACGCGAAAAUUAAAGUCAGACCACACGUACGCUUGCCAGCGCGUGAUCACUCCUGGCAGCUCCUGGCUAGACCCGUUGGCAGGCAUCGCUUCUUAUUGAGCUAUUGACAGGGCUUCUCAAUUUGCAAGUUGGAUGUGGCUACUAUCUGUCGGUCAAGCUGGUGCAGGACAACGCCGGUUCGCACCAUGUAGCACGGCCAGACCGGAGCACAUGAGCGCGAGCGUGCACUCCAGUCCUGUCAUGCACAUAGUGAACGCACUACAUUUGCAUGUUCUACGUAAUGUAGAUACCAUGGCUGCCAUGAGGGGCUGCAACGAGCCCGUUCGCUGAGGACUACCGCGGACUUUGAUCAAUAUUUGCGGGCGGCAUAGCUCCAGGCACGUGGCGAACCUGCUCGAUCACCACCAUCCGACUAGAACAAGUUGUGUGCUUCCCGAGUUGCACACCUUCGAGGUGCAUUGCCAUUGUAGUCGAAGCUCAUUACAAGCAAGCAUAAAGACAACAUUUCGUUUAACCCUAGAAAAAUGUGUGAUUUUCGUAAAGAUAAGUGCAAAAGGAAAUGUGUUACUUGCCACUCGGUGUGAGAAAGCCGUGUGUAGCUAUCUAGUACAGUGUGUCACAGCAAAAGGAUCAUACACCGUAAACUCGCCCGUAAGUUGACGGAUAGCCUCCGACUUUGACGCGUCGUAGGUGUCAAAUUCUGAAGUAGUGGUGCCUAGGUGCACAUCCAGAAUCAAGUUUGAACUGCGUGCCCUGCUCCUCCAUAGCCUUUGCAGUGCAAGGCAUUGAAGAAGGAAUGGGAUCACCGCGAAUGGGAUUAUACGCAACCUUUGAUUGCCAAUAACUCUGCUUCUGCUGAAUGUGUUGAAGUACUUCUUGCAGCAAAGUGUUUCUGAAAUAGUCUAUUUUAACUUCAAAUGCAUUUUUCAACUUUAAUAAAAAGUGGUUCAGGGUCCCUUUAAAGGGACACAAAAGGCUCGCACUGAAUCAAUUCAGAAAGUUAGAUUAUCCUUCUAAGGUCCUCGUAGCAUUUAGGCCAGCAUUUAUGCACGUUUCAAGCGUGACUUAGUUGCAGGAAAAGUGCAGCAACAGCACACUUUUGCAACUUGUAUCGUCCACAAUGAAUCAAAUGCAGUUUCGCCAACCAUCUCAGAGGACAUGCUUUGCUGGGCACUACUGCUAUCUUUUAUCCAUAGGGAGGGCACACCACUCUGCAAAUGGUGCCGACAAAGCUGUCUAAUUAACUAGUGGCUGACUACAAUUUGCCCAGUGUAAACAUAAACAUGUGAACAUCAUGUAAGCCAACAUCAAAUUUUCAUAUUGAUGGUGUCAAUUAUUUCCUGGUUUAAAGAAGCACUGUCCUUGGUAAAAGUGAUACUUUGGAUACCUUGGAGUGUUACGACUUCUGUGCUUGACUUAGCACAGUCGAACCUCGAUAUAACCGACAAGGAUAUAACAAGUUAUAAAGAGUUAAUGAAAUAAUGUAACCACUCCCCUUCAUAAUGCCUAUGGCCGGGCUAUAGGGUAUUACUAAUAUAUAUACAAAUAAACAAGCAAAUUAUUACAUAUAAAAAAGUAAAUUGAGAACCUUUUUUGCCAAUAUCAGUGUUAAUGAAUGUAUGCUUAUAAUCCAUAUUGGAUAUAAUGAUAGUAUUUUCAUGUCAGCUCUAAUGAGCUUUGUUAUUUGCAUUAUUCAUUGUCCUUUUAAACUCGAUCUACACUGGUUGCAGCAGUGGCUGAGUAUGCGAAUUUCAAAGUAGCUUGAAAACAGAGCGGUCCACCAGGCUUUUAUCAUUAUGAAACUCAGUUGCACCUUUCGGUAUUAUUUCUGCGUGUUAUGUAAUUGUUGACUGGCUUGUGGUCAGAGCAGAGCAAGCAUUCCAGAAAAUGCAUGAUCACAUUCUCAUUUUCCUGGAGGGAGCAGAAUGUUGUAGAAGUGGGCUUUUUAUCUCUGUCAUUAAUUAAACUUCUCUUUCUAUAUUCGUUAAUGUUUGUGUGCCACAAUGUUUAGAAAAAUUUUACUCUUUAAAAACAUUUCUGGAGCAUCAAAAUAUUUAUUGAUCAGCACAUUGCAGAAUCACCGAUUUCUCAUGCCACGACACUGCGCUUUCAUUUUAAAUAUGUAAACACAACUAAAAGUGGUUGGUGAGGUAUAACGUACUGAAUCUGUAGAUUUAUCAACGAGGAAUAGCAUAAUCUAUGGCUCCAAAUUCACGUUGGCAACCCCCCUAGGGCCGUAUCUUGUAGCAAUUCUUUCUAUUUCUCAUUCUUUCUUGCUUCUCGUCACUAAACAUCAUUGCUGCAUUCAGUGCAUCGCAUGAUAACACAAUGAUUAGAAUCCCAUGAAAAGCAUUCUUACAAAGCAUUGUCUCUGGGCUUCUUUAACAUGCACCAAAGUGCACGAGAAGUUUUGCAUUUUGCCCCCGUUGAAAUACAACUCUAGCUGCAUGCUUAGCAGUAGGGCACAACCAUCACUGAGCCACUAUCGCAGGUUUUCUUUUUUUUUUUUUUCGCGCUUUCUUUCUCGUUCACCUUUUUAUAGUGAGCGAUUUAGUGUUUUAUAUGUCCCGGUGUGAACUACAGCAUGAUCUCUAUGUAGUGGGGCUGCCUGUUUUUUGUGAUGCCCCUAAGGCAGUGAAUACAACAAUAAGUUCUCCAUGCUGACUUAUAAUGGACUUUUAUUAGGUGACUGACGCUAUCAGAUUAUGUUCUGGCCGCGAGAAAAAAAGUCUGUAGCGUGAUCUAGAAUGGUCACCUUGAUAGUAAAUGUGAUUUAUCCAUGGUUAAAUGUUGUUAGUAAACUAAAUGGCAGUCUCAUCGUGCUGCCCAACUGAAUGGGCUAGUGCUCCCUAUUGAAGCUGUGCCUGUGAUCGCGGGAUCGAAUCCCGGCCGCGGCGGCCGCAUUUCGAUGGAGGCGAAAUGCACAAACGCCCGUGUGCUUGCGUUGUAGUGCACAAAGAACCCCAGGUGGUCAAAAUUAGUCCGGAGCCCUCCACUACGGUGUGCCUCAUAAUCGGAACUGGUUUUGGCACAUAAAACCCCAGAAAGAAGAAAAAGAAGCUGUGCCUGUGAUAUGCGACAACUUUUUAGCAUCUCUGUUGAGUCUCAUUGUUAUACAAACUCUUUAGCUUGCUUGACGUGUAUUUUAUGGUACAUUCAACUGGUCACUUUCGAGUGCUCUAGAACACACUCACGGUGCAGUUUACAUUCAGCUGGUCGAUAUCAAGCGCUAGGUUCACCUGGUUCGUUCAGAUGCUGCACUUCCACCUUCAACCUGGGAGCGCAGCCGAGAUCUGACAGAAACUUGGAUCAUGUGGCAGCUCUGAGCAGCUAGUAGCAUGUUCGGCUGGGGCAGGCUACCUCUGGCUCCAAUCUCGAGAGGGCUCCUCAUUGCUGGAAACCGGGUUGGAGCACGGCAGGAAUCAAUCAAAUGUACCAUUAAAGGGGUCGAGACACCAAAUUUUGAGGCUAUAGAAAGCUGCUGUAGGCUUCCUUUGUAUGGAGGGACACUCAACAUGAAGUGUUGGACACAGCAAACGUUUGAAAUAUAUUUUAAUUCGCUUCCAAAGAGUGGCUAAAUGCUCGUUCUCGCAAUCGAGACCCAUCGCUAGUGCAAUUAACACCGACAUCACUGUGUUGGAAGCGUAACGCGUUUUAGUGAUGUCAUACCACAUUAGAGUGACUUACAGUGAGCGGUGACCCACAGCACCGGGCAACAAGCCUAGAGAGUCUUGAGUGCAGUGAGCCACAUCGGACGCAGACGUAGAGUCGGAAUCGGAGCCGACGGCUGUCAGCGUGGGUUUGUUUGCCUGCGCUGGUGCAGAACGUGUGUGUGAGAGCAGACGAUGCAGCAGUAUACGUGUGACAGCUUUGUGGGCCCACGUGACCAAGCUUCCUAGACAGUGACGUCACUGUCCAAGUCAGCGCCAGGAAAACGAAAACGAAAAAUUGUUUGCAUAAAUAAUGCGAUAUUAAAUGAUUUACCGAGAAUGUAUGAAUCUUCAAGCGUGUAUCAUGCUUCCUGGAGCAAUAAGAAACUUUUGAAACAAAGAACGCGAAAGCCACAAAUUUGAUGUCUCAACCCCUUUAACCUGAUGCAACUCAGGUAGGGCACAAUCUAGUUAAUUUUGAAGGACUCCUAAAUGCUUUGUAAUGGCAAUAUUGUGAUGACAUAUGUUUGAGCACCACACAAUAUUUUUGCCCAGUUAAUUGUCAAGUUGUGAACAGUGUUACCGCUUUCGCCUACUACAAGAAAAUUUGAGUUUUUGUUAUAGCUGGGCCACUUGUAGAAUUUUCCUGCAGCAUGUCACUCUUCCUAACUAAAAAGUAUUUUUAAAAAAAGAAGGUGAUCUCGUGAGUCACGUCGCAGGAUAAAGUUUUCAGAUGGCCUGGACUGGUAUACUAAUUUAUGUGUUUUAGAAGCGAUCAAACCCACCUUGAAAGCCAUCACCAGAAUAGCUUGCAUCCAGAGUUUUGGUGGGUUUUCUUUAUGAGAGAGUUUUACCGUGUCCAGUAUCCAGCAAUCUGCCAGUACCACGCGCGCUUGCCAGAAUACCGGACACGUUAAUACUCUCUGUUGGUAUAAUGAAAUUCAGUGCCUUCCCGAAGCAGGUACGUAAGUACUGUAAUUCAAGAUAUUUUUUCUUUUUUUCAAGAAAUGUAGAUCUUUUGGGUAGGUUAUUUUUAGACAAGUCCUUGUUUUUGAGAGCCAUUACUUAAUUAGCCGUCAUUCAUCUGGUCACCAUGAUUAAUUCAAUAAAAUGUGGUGUACCAAGUACUGUAUCGAAGCAUAUGGAGAAUAGAGUGUGUGGUAGUAUCAGUAAGGUUUUCAGAGUAAUGCAAUGUUGUACCAAGUGACUGUGAUCCACGUCGUGUUUUAAGGUUGCCCAUGUUAAGAUUUCAGUUUACAUACAACAUUUGGGGGGGGAGGGGGCUUUGCUUUAAUUGAGCAUGAUCUCACAUUAAUGUGAUUGCCACUGAAGAGGGCAUAAAAGUGCAUGCUAAGAUCAUUAUAAAUAAAGCGAGAUAUACAAGGACGAGCAUUGUAGCACCUGCUGUCAUUUUCGUGGCAUUCCAUAGAAUUUUUUAUUCAGGGGAUUCGCUGCAAGGCAUAUGUAGUAAAUAAAUUAAAAAAGAGAGGCAUCAAAUAAUUGCAUGUAGCUCUGUGUGAUGCAGGUACUGAAGUAAUGCGUUAGCACUUUUGCUGUCCUUUAUCCAGUGGCUGUAGUACUCUGGAACUUUAGGCUUAACGUUAGGCUUAAGUUUGGCCCCACUGAACAAAUUGUGCCUAAUAUUCUGUGUACCAGGGCACAGUCACAAAAUGUUCUGUAAAAUGUUCCUUUAAAGUGGACAGUCUGGCCUGUCAAGAGACUCUUGUCUGCAAACUUUUGGUUGGGGUUGUGUAGUGUGGUGUUGCACAGUGCAUGGACAUUCAUGCCUUCUGCAGUCUGUAUUAUUAACCACCUGCAUGCCAUUGUGCAGUUUUAAAGCUGUUCAGUUUUAAUAAAGUACUGUAUUGCUCGAACUUUUUCUGUGGUUACAUGCCAACUUUGGAAUAAAUAUAACGGCUCUCAGAAUGGUAUUAAUCUAAGAUAAAGAGUUUCUGAAUGCACCCAAGUUUCGGAAAUUGAAAUAUUCUGCAUGGAUUUUCACAUUGUUGGAAUAACUGUUGGUAUUGAUUGCAGGCACGCACCCGUAGAAAGCCAUAAAUUGCAUUUGUACACGUGGUGGUGGUGUUACAGCUGGCACUGUAAAGGGGUAGCAGAGGCACGCAGGUGAUUAUUUAUUAAUUUUGUAGGAAAUGAUGCCUCUUUCGUGCCCGUUUUUUGUGUCACUUGUAAAUUUGCAAGACCAAUAAAAAGUUU